CCACGUUGCAAGCAGCUCUGUGAAGAGGCAAAGUGAGGUGAACUACAAUCACUUGAACAGAUUCCUGCACCCGUUCAGUUGAUGAGCGAGAGGACUUCUUCACAGACAUUUGCCACAUAAUAUAUCCAACAAAGAAACCGAUGAAAGUAACUCAAAGGAUUGUUUCUCUGAUCUGAAACCAGAAAAAAAUGGGUAGUCUAAUUUAUCAGCUGCUGUCAGUAACAGUCGUCCUUUGUGCUGUUCAACUCAUCAGUGGGUACAGCUUCAAGAACUGCAUCGAAGACGCAUACUCAAAUCGACAAAGUUUCAACUGCAUCCAUCGCAAGGAAAAUGAAAUGCGGGCUUUUAUCAAAGACCUGCCGCAAACUGCUAUCAAUCUCACCAUCACCAAUAAUCCCAUACGGAUCAUUCCCAACGAGAGCUUUGUUCCUCUACCAAACCUCCAAUACCUCAGAAUUGAUCACAAUGAGUUGAAUAUCAUCUAUGAAAAUGCUUUCAAAGACUUGCAUGGACUUAAGUCUCUCAAUUUGUCCUUUAACAACAUAUCAGAGCUCAACCCUGCCGUUUUUAAGGACCUGCACAACCUCACCUUUCUCUCGCUGACCAACAAUACAUUAAAGGAGCUCCCCAAGGGCAUUUUCUCCACUCUUCUCCAUCUAACCACUUUAAUCAUGAGACAAAACUUUCUGACAGAUUUUUCAAGGAUUGCCGAGUCUGUGUCACAUCUAACAAAUCUGACGACACUAGAUCUUUGUUUUAACAACUUGACCAAUCUAAACCAUUCAAUUGUGUCACUACCCAAAUCCCUCACUACAUUGUAUAUAUGUAGAAAUAAUCUGCUUACAUUAGGAUGUAGGCCCUCGUUUCUCGGGUUCAUCCAGUUGCUGGAUUUGUCAUACAAUCGUUAUCUCGGUACAUCGGCUUUUCAGGGACUCGAUCUGAAGCAUAUAAACUAUCUGCGUUUGCGUUCAACAAAUGUCACGGUAGUGGAGUUUUUAAACAUCAGCAAUGUCAAUGCAAGUCACGUUGAUUUCUCUGGCACAGGUCUAAACAAUGAUGACCUGCUCAUGGAGCUCUGCAGAUAUUUAAAGAGAAGCAUGAGAAACAUUACAAAAUUAGGCCUGGGUAGUAAUGGGAUUAAGAAUCUAACAAAUAACACACUGUACUAUUGUCCUAAGAUCAUAGGGACUUUGGAUCUAUCCCGCAACAACCUGAAAACCACAAGUUGUCUGAAGUUCCUCGAUAAACAGACACUUAUAAAGAGUAUCAAUGUAGAGCAUAACCAUCUCACCUCAAUCCAAUCCUGUAAAACACAAAAUAUGACUGAUUUAAAAAAUCUGGAGGAGCUGAGCUAUCGUUACAACCGCAUCCUCUCAGUCGGCCCUAAUGCUUUCUAUCAUACACCAAAUGUCAAGACGCUAAAGCUCAACAUAAACACCAUUGCUUUCCUUCAUCGUACCGCUCUCAAAGGGCUAAAAAAGCUUGAGACACUGCGUUUGGACAAUAACCUCUUAACUGAUUUGUUCAAUUCCACCUUUAAAGAUAAUUCCAACCUAAAAAUCCUGAACCUCCGCAACAAUCGCAUUUCUGUCAUUUUUAACGGGACCUUUCGCAGUCUCGGGAAUUUGACUACGCUGGACCUAGGAGGUAAUAAGAUCACCUAUUUUCAGCCAUCUGGCCUUGAUGGACUAAAAAGUCUGUCCAAAUUCUAUCUAGAUGGGAACAACCUCAAACAGAUUGACAGUUCCCUCUAUCAUGUGUUUCAAGACACGUUAACAGUGCUGGAUUUGCAAAAUAACCAGAUUCACUUCCUCAAUAAAGAGAUAAUGUCACCCUUUGUGAAUCUCAGCAAACUCAGUGAUCUGAAACUGGACAGGCAGCAGCCGCAUGGCCUCACUGUUUUACCCCACAAUUUUUUCCGUGGCCUUCACUCACUGAAAUCUCUGUAUCUCACCAACAAUAACAUCAAUUAUCUUCCCCCUGACGCCUUUGACGAUCUCACAGGCUUACACUUCCUCACAUUAGAUAACUGCUGUGUCGGGGUGACGCUACUACAAACAGGAGUCUUUAAAAAUCUGAGAAAUCUGACCAAAUUGAUUUUAGAAAAUAUGGGCAUUCAGAACUUCUCAAAGGAGGUUUUUGAGAAUCUCACACAGUUACGUACUCUGCAGCUCAACCGUAACGUUAUGCAGAGCAUUCAUGUUGAUGCACUAGAAAGUUUACCAAAGCUUCACUACCUUGACAUACGCAAUACUCCUUUAAGAUGCACCUGCAAGAACAGAGUACUACAAAACUGGACGGUGCAAAACCCACAUGUCCAGGUGGUCUAUCUCUACAGUCUGGUGUGCCCACACGAUACAAAACUCAAGUUCUACAACUUUGACACCAAAGUUUGUUACAUAGAUCUGGGAGAAUACCUAUUCUCAAGCACACUAGUUGUGAUCUUUCUGUUCACAAUAACUCCGUUACUUUAUGUCAAACUCUACUGGAAAAUGAAGUACGGCUUCUAUGUGUUCCGUUCCUGGUUUAGUGAGCAGUGGCGCAUACUCAGAGAAAAGGAGGAAAAUUGCAAAUAUGAUGCAUUUAUUUCCUACAAUUCCUCCGAUGAACAGUGGGUCAUGGAGCAGUUAAUGCCCAACCUUGAGGGGAAUGGGUCGUCUUUUAAACUUUGCCUACAUCACAGGGACUUUGAGCUGGGCCGCGACAUUGUGGACAACAUCGUCUCUGCUGUAUACAGCAGCCGCAAAACUAUUUGUGUGGUGAGCAGGAACUUCCUAAGAAGUGAGUGGUGUUCUCUGGAAAUCCAACUGGCCAGCUACCGACUCUUUGAUGAGCAUCGGGACGUUCUACUGCUCGUGUUUCUGGAGGAAAUCUCUGAGAGGCAGGUGUCGUCCUAUCACCGCAUGAGGAAAGUCAUGUUAAAAAAGACUUAUCUGCAGUGGCCUGGCUCAGACUGCACUAACCCAGCAGAGGCCCAAGAGCUGUUUUGGAAUAAGCUACGUAGGGCAAUGAGAAGCGGGAGCAGACUGGAGACUGAAGAAAAUGACAUUGACGGUUGUAAAGAAAAAGAAACUGGAAAUGUAGAGACUCACACAUCAGAUGAAAACUAUUACUUGCUACCUUGAAAAGAUUUGCCAAUUACAUUUUUGGUUGUCAAGAGGAAC